AUUCUGCACUCGGCAUGGUGGUGGUAGACCUUGUCGCUAUCAAGGUUGCCAUGUCGCUGCCCGAGGCCUCCUCGGAUACUGCUAUAAGCAUCGUCAUCUGGCCAACCCGCAUAUCAUCUCAAAACCAACACGUGGUGGGCCGAAAGGCAGCAAAGGUCGUUCAUCGAACGUCAAAAGCAGCACAGCUCGCCACAAGGCGCCCGCUUUCGAACCAACCAUCUUCCUCCCCUUCGACUUGAAUGCAACGGUCAUCCGAGUGGAUAUACAUGUAGCAGUUUCGGGUCAUCAUCCCGUUGUGAAACUGCUGUGGACAGCUCUCCCCUCACGA